CACGCCAAGAACAUUUUCAAGACCAGAUUCUUCUUCUCCGCUUCUUUCGUCCCCUCCUACGACCAACUGUUCACGCUUGAUGGAAAGACAUCAACUGCUGUUUCCACGCUCGACAGGUGCCAUGACGCCGCCGUCGAUGGCCUUCCCGUUUGUGUUUGAAGCGGGUGGUGGUGAUCGUGUCCAUAACGCCGGCUUCGGCGGCGAUCUGAUGGGCUCGUCCUUACAUGGGUUCUUGGGAUUGAAAGGCGCCGAAGCCGGGAUGGUUCCGAGAUCAAACGCUGAGCAUGAUGUUGCUCCUGGGAGCUCGGCGUGCGAGAGCGCUGAGAAAACGGGGAAGAGGAAGGGCGAGAAGAAGAUCCGACGGCCGAGAAUCGCUUUCCAGACCCGGAGUCAAGUGGAUAUACUCGACGAUGGUUAUCGAUGGAGGAAGUAUGGGCAAAAGGCAGUGAAGAACAACAGAUUUCCCAGAAGCUAUUAUCGCUGCACGCACCCGGGAUGCAACGUGAAGAAGCAAGUCCAGAGGCUAACCAAGGACGACGGCGUGGUGGUGACCACCUACGAAGGUACUCACACCCAUCCGAUCCAAAAAUCGACAGAGAACUUCGAAAACAUCUUGAGCCAGAUGCAGAUCUACCCUCACUUUUAACUUUCUUUCAAGAACCUGCUCAAUCUUAAGCCAACUUGACAUGUCUUUCCGGCGUGCACAUUGUAAAAAGAUAACGACCUUCCAUGAAAUAAAGUCUUCGUAGAUCGAUGAAUGGUUCGAGGGGCCGUAGAAAUCUCACGUUCAUGUGUUGGGGUUUUGCAUUCACCGAUCUGGAUUUGUGAGCAUGAAUGAUGAAUUGUUGCUCAUCAUUAUAAACUGCCUCCUUUUCUUGUAAUUUACAUACCAUACAGAAGGGAUUUCUAGGGUAGAUUACUCAGAAAAUAUUUAUUUCUUCCCUUCACCAUGGGCUUGUGAUUGGCUUUGUAAGGAGAACUUAAUUGAGGGCACAU